UGACUCAACUCAAGAGUGGUGUUGUAGUGAGAGAAAAGAAGAUAGAGAAAGAAAAAAUGGGAGGCAAAGGUGUGAUGUUGGUGGCGAUACUCUGCCUUUGGGCACUCUCUGCAACAACUGAAGCAGUGACAGAGGAGGAGUCAGGUUUGAUGAUGAACUUCUACAAGGACACGUGUCCUCAGGCCGAAGACAUCAUCCGUGAACAAGUCAAACUUCUCUACAAACGCCACAAGAACACUGCUUUCUCUUGGCUCCGUAACAUCUUCCACGACUGCGCUGUCGAGUCAUGUGAUGCGUCGCUUUUGCUGGAUUCGACAAGAAGAGAGCUAGGAGAGAAAGAACACGACAGGAGCUUCGGUCUCAGAAACUUUAGGUACAUCGAGGAGAUCAAGGAAGCUCUCGAGAGGGAGUGCCCUGGUGUUGUCUCAUGUUCCGACAUUCUCGUCUUGUCUGCAAGAGAAGGCAUCGAAGCAGUGGGAGGACCGCAUAUUCCUUUGAAGACAGGAAGGAGAGAUGGUCUGAAGAGCAGGACAGAUAUGCUUGAGUCAUAUCUUCCUGACCACAACGAGAGUAUCUCCGUCGUUCUUGACAAAUUCAAAUCCAUCGGAAUCGACACUCCCGGCCUCGUAGCUCUCUUAGGGUCACACAGCGUGGGAAGAACUCACUGUGUUAAGCUGGUCCAUCGUUUGUACCCUGAGGUGGACCCGUCCUUGAACCCGGACCACGUCCCUCACAUGCUACACAAGUGUCCUGACUCGAUCCCUGACCCAAAGGCUGUUCAGUACGUGCGUAACGACCGUGGCACUCCCAUGGUGCUAGACAACAAUUACUACCGUAACAUCCUAGACAACAAGGGUUUGCUCCUUGUGGACCAUCAGCUCGCACACGACAAAAGGACCAGACCAAUUGUUAAGAAGAUGGCUAAGGACCAGGCCUACUUCUUCAAGGAGUUCACUAGAGCGAUUCAGAUCUUAUCCGAGAACAACCCUUUGACCGGUUCUAAGGGUGAGAUUAGGAAGCAAUGUAAUCUCGCAAACAAGAACCACUAAAGUUGGAAAAAGUGAGAAAAGACAGAGGCUCUGGUGUGUUGGGGUUCUCUGCUUGGUACGUAUCGAAACCAAGAUGAAUAAAGGAAUCUUUUAAAGUUAAAAUCAAAGAAAGGGUGAUGAUGAAUGCAUCAUUGUGGUGACCACUCCCUUCUUUUGUGUGUUCUUGUUGUAGCCUUAAUGCUUUAAUUAUGAUGUUAGUGGUCUUUGAGUUAUUUAAAUCUAAAAUGUUGGCUCUUUGUUGAUUUUGGGUUUGUGGUGGGGAUGAUAUAAAGAUAAUGGAAAGGAUGUAUGAUAUGAUGGAUGGUGUUGGGUAUCAUGUAUGACUAUGUAAUGAUAAGUAAACAGUCCGAAUCUUUUGAUAUA